AUGGUGGCAGCGGUGGUAGUGUUUGCCUCUGGAAUAUACUUCAUAAAACUGGACCCCGGCGAGAAGCUGCUAACAGACAAUCCGUCGUGGGCGCCCGACAAGGAGCCAGAACCAUCUCCAAUGGACCCGUGGCUGAGUUACAUGGUGCCUGUCGUGAAGCAGAAGCCAAAAGAAGAACCAGAGGCACACAUCACUCCUAAGCCGUCGCCAGUUACGGAAGCAUCUCCCAGCAGCGUGUCAGCACCGAAGUCGGCCGAUGAGGAUCGGCCCGGCGGCCUGUCGGAGCAGCUGUACACGCGAUACCAGCCGUCUACGGAGUGGCCUCCUGCAGCGGUUGAGUCGGUGCUGCGACACAGCAUGGAGCCGGCGAAGCCCAAACCACCGGCAGAAUCGCCGCCCAAGGGGCAGACACGGCCGUCUCGUGGCGAACGUCCUUCAGCCAGCAGCCGCAAAUCAAAAGAGGCCGCUCCACCAUCUCCGCCCUCUCCGCUGCAAGCUGAGGCCAGCGACAUUCGUCGAGCACGGCUCCCUCCAAUCAAGGUAAUUUUAUUCAUGUAA